UUCUCUGUAUAUGAAUCAACCUGCUCUCACGCCGGACGAUGAUGAAGACCUUCAAAUAUGUUAAACCUGACGAGAUUCUCCAAGCGCAAGAACAAUGUCGUCGGGCGGUUCAAGCAUGACGCUAGCUGCAAGAGGCACCCCAAACACCACCAAUCUCCCGGCGUUUGUUCUCUCUGUCUGAGAGAGAGGCUUGCCCAGUUAUCUUCUUCCUCGACCUCACGUGCCGCUCCUCCUUCUUCUGCUGCAACUUCAUCUUCUGUUUCGUCUUUAUCUUCCUAUUAUUCCUCUUCUUGCUCUUCUUCUUGCGCUUCCCCUUCUGAGGCCAAGACUACCUCAUCCAUCUCCAUUUUCUUGUUUAAUGCCAAGCAUGGACUCAUCAAGAGCAGGUCAAUGGCUGCGGCUUCUAGAAGAAGAGAUGCGAUUGGUGGUGAUGAUACGGCUGGUAAAAGUCGAGGGUUUUUGUUCAACUUGCUUCGUCCCAGACAUAAGAAACCGGAGCACAGAGAUACUCAUGAUCAGCUCGUUCGUUGCACGUCUGUGAGACAAAAUGUGACAGUGGCAAGCUAAUAUGUAGUGAAGAUCUUUUCAAAUUAGGUCGUUGGCUAUCAUAUUGAUUAGCGAUUCUUUCCAAUUCUUUUUCUACACAAAGCUAGGGAGAAAAAGUGAGAUCUUGUAUCGCAUUACACAUGCAUUGAUCUGUAUAUAAAUUCAUGCAUCACUCUCUUCGUAUCGCGAAAGAGAGAACGAUGGCUAGAAAAUUUAAAAUUAAAUUAAUGGAAUCAGCGAGGUCCUCUAUCGUUUCUAUUAUACGUUGUAUAUAUUGCAGAAAA